CGGCUCGCCGGGGGAGCUGUGUGUAUGUAUCGGCCGGGCAGCAGGAGGAGCCCGCACCGACCGGAGUGAGCGAGGCGAAGACGACGAGAAGAAAAGAGAGGAAGGGCUGGGAGAAAAAAAAAGAGAACCAAUUCAAAGGAAGACGCGAAUGCUGCGCGGAUGAAGAAAUUGGAGCGGCGACGGUCGAAAGGCUCGGGUGAAGUUUGCCGCUUGAAACAUGGACAGACGGGGUGUCGACUAGGGACAAAAACACGGCACGGAGAGAUGUCGGCGUGAGACACAUUUGGACAAAAUGACUCGGCGCCAACAUCCGUGUUAAAGUAAUGGAAACACACUACGUUAGGUGGUCACUGCCAUGAAUCUGUGGAAAUACGCGAGUGGUCUGCGUGGCUAAUCGUCUCGAGGCUGUCAGCCGAUACGCUUCGUGAGCGCCAUGCUAAAGCGGCGCGAGAAUAACAACCAGGAGCGCUCGGGUCAUGUAGAGGGAAAACGCUGGAAAAAGUUGGUGGAAAAUCUUGUUUUUUCGCCUCAUUUUUGAUCCCCCAGUUUUUUUUUUUAUUAUUAUUUUGACCCAGAUACUUCUGUGAGGCACUUACAUUUUGGCCAAUCACAUCUAAAUGCAACCUACUUUCCUGUGAAUAAUAAUGGAUGAAAUCCACAGCCUGGCAUGGUGAGGAUGUGAGCGGCAGAAGGAUGGGAGCUGUGUGAAGAAAAGGACUAGCUGGAACCAGCAAAGCACAAUGGCUCACACCAGUUUGCUGCAGGGGAAGCGCUUUUACUGCCGGGAAUGGGUCUUUCACAAGAUCCAGCAUUGCCUUCAGGAAAAAAGCAGCAACCUGAGCGGGGUGACCGGCACGCCUGGUAAGCAGCCUCCCGGCAGUGGAGUGACCAACCCGAGUGGCCAGACGUCGGCCUCUGUGAAAAGCGGGAACUCCUGGGGGGUGUUGCUGGUCGGCGGACCCGGUAGCGGGAAAACGGCUCUGUGCACAGAGCUGCUUUGGCCCACGUCAACGCAGGGAGCUCAGCGAGGACUGCAUCAGCAGGGCCUAGCUUUCCACUUCUGCCGGGCGGAUGACUCGGACACGUUGUGCGUCGCAAGCUUUAUCCGUGGCCUGGUGGCGCAAAUCUGCCGCAGCGGGCUGGUGCCAGGAUACGAGGAGAAGGUGCGCGAUCCGGCCGUGCAGGCCGCACUUCAGCCGGGCGAGUGUGAGAGGAAUCCCACAGAGGCUUUCAAAAGAUGCGUGCUCUUGCCUCUCCUGAGCGCAAAGCCGCCACCGCAGGCUCUCUUCCUGCUGGUGGACUCUGUGGACGAGGGUAAUCAGUUGGGUGAAACAGAGCAGAGGUCGCCGCCCGGCUCCCCAAGGACCAUCGCUGAGCUCCUCGCUAGCCAUCACGAGUUCCUGCCACCGUGGUUUCUACUCAUCUGCUCUGCACGGAGACAGAACAAGGCUGUUACUAAACUUUUCACAGGAUUCCGCAAAAUCAGCCUUGAUGAUCUGCGCAAGGCCUACAUCGUCAAGGACGUGCAACAGUACAUCCUCCACCGUCUGGACCAGGAGGAGGCCCUGAGGCAGCAUCUCACCAAGGAGACUGCAGAGAUGCUCAACCAGCUCCACAUCAAAAGCAGCGGGUGCUUCCUUUACCUGGAGCGAGUGCUGGACGGUGUGGUGGAGAACUUCAUCAUGCUGCGUGAGAUACGUGACAUCCCGGGCACGCUCAACGGCCUCUACCUGUGGCUUUGCCAGAGACUGUUUGUCAGGAAACAAUUUGCCAAAGUCCAGCCCAUUCUCAACGUAAUCCUGGCCACGUGCAGACCACUCACAGUCAAGGAACUGUAUCACGCUGUCUGGACCAAAAACACUACACUGACAAUGGAAGAGUUUCAGAAAAAGAUGGACAUCCUCUCCAAAUUGUUGGUAGACGGUUUAAGGAGCACUAAAAUCCUUUUCCAUUACAGUUUUGCCGAGUGGCUGUUGGACGUAAAGCAUUGCACACAAAAGUACCUAUGUAAUGCCGCAGAGGGGCAUCGGAUGUUAGCUAUGAGUUACACCUGCCGCGCAAAGCAGCUCAAACCCCUGGAAGUGCAGGAAUUUGCUCUUCACUUGGUCAAUUCCAAUCUGCAAAUGGAGCCAUUCAAUCUGGCUCUUUGGAUGGUAUGGAAUGGGACCCCUGCCAAAGACUCUCUGACCGCCUCCAUACCAAGGGAGCAGGAGGUUUUGCAACUUCUGGUCAAAGCCGGCGCUCACGUGAACAACGAAGAUGACCAUGCCUCAUGCAUUGUACAACAGGCACUUGAGAGAGAGGACUCCAUACGGACUUUACUGGACAACGGUGCCUCUGUGAACCAGUGCGACUCAAACGCUAGAACUCUACUCUCCAAUGCAGCAUACAGCGGCAACCUCGAUGUCGUUACCUUGCUCAUCUCCAGAGGAGCUAACAUGGAGCUGGAGGACAACCACGGGCAAACAGCGCUCACCCUUGCCGCCAGGCAGGGCCACACUAAAGUGGUCAACUGCCUCAUUGGCUGCGAGGCCAAUAUCAAUCACACAGAUCAUGACGGUUGGACUGCACUGCGCUCCGCUGCGUGGGGGGGACACUCUGAGGUGGUGUCUGCUCUGCUGUAUGCCGGCGCCAAAGUAGACUGCGCUGAUGCUGACGGCAGGACGGCCUUGAGGGCGGCGGCUUGGGGGGGCCACGAGGACAUAGUUCUAAAUCUCCUUCAGCAUGGAGCAGAAGUAAACAAGGCUGACAACGAAGGAAGAACGGCCCUCAUUGCCGCUGCAUACAUGGGACACAGGGAGAUAGUGGAACACCUCCUGGACCACGGGGCGGAAGUCAACCAUGAGGAUGUUGAUGGUCGGACUGCUCUCUCGGUGGCAGCUCUCUGCAUCCCAGCCAGUAAAGGCCAUGCUUCUGUGGUGAGUCUUCUCAUCGACAGGGGGGCAGAGGUGGACCACUGCGACAAAGACUGCAUGACUCCUCUCCUGGUGGCUGGCUAUGAGGGACAUGUGGAUGUUGUUGAUCUGCUUCUGGAAGGAGGCGCUGACGUAGACCACACAGACAACAAUGGGCGCACGCCUCUUCUCGCCGCUGCGUCCAUGGGCCACGCAUCUGUCGUCAACACACUGCUGUUCUGGGGCGCGGCGGUUGACAGUAUCGACAGCGAGGGCAGGACAGUGCUGAGCAUCGCGUCCGCUCAGGGCAAUGUGGAGGUUGUCCGGACUCUGCUGGACAGAGGUCUGGACGAGAACCACCGUGAUGACGCGGGAUGGACGCCUCUACAUAUGGCAUCCUUCGAAGGACACCGGCAAGUGUGCGAAGCCCUUAUCGACCAAGGUGCCCGAUGCACAGAGGUGGACAAUGAUGGCAGAAUACAGCUGAUACUAGCUGCGCAAGAGGGACACUAUGACUGCGUCCAGAUCCUCCUAGACAACAAGUCUUGUAUAGACCAACGAGGCUACGACGGUAGGAACGCGCUCAGAGUGGCAGCCCUGGAAGGUCACCGGGACAUCGUGGAGCUUCUGCUGAGCCAUGGUGCCGACAUAGACCACAAGGACGCUGACGGACGCCCGACCCUUUACAUCCUGGCGUUGGAAAACCAUCUAGCAAUGUCGGAGUACUUCCUGGAGAAUGGUGCCAACGUAGAGGCAUGUGACAUGGAGGGCAGGACGGCACUCCACGUGUCCUGCUGGCAGGGUCAUUUAGAGACUGUGCGGCUGCUCAUCAACUACCAUGCUGAUGUCAACGCCAGUGACAACGAGAAGCGCUCUGCUCUGCAGUCGGCUGCUUGGCAAGGACACACCAAAGUCGUGCAAUUCCUGAUAGAAAAUGGCACACGGGUCGAUCACACGUGCAACCAGGGCGCGACAGCCUUGGGCAUUGCUGCCCAGGAAGGUCACAUCGACGUGGUCCAAAUUCUUCUUGAAAAUGGUGCCGACCCAAACCACGCCGACCAGUUUGGACGCACAGCAAUGAAAGUGGCAGCCAAAGGUGGACACUCAGCCAUUAUCAAACUUUUGGAAAAGUACGGCGCCACAACUCUGAACGGCAGCAAUCCAUCUCCAGUGCAUACUAUGGAUGACAAAAUGACUGGGAAAAUGCAGUCACUCACCAUCAAGUCUAGUAGUUCCGGCAGCACCGGCGCAGGAGACCUGCAGCCGACGGGACGCACUCUCACCAACGGGCCCGUCCACGCAUUCAGUUCGCCUUCGGAAUCCCCCGACUCCACAGUGGACAGACAGAAAUUAUCACUGUCUAACAAUUCACUAAAGAGCUCCCAGAAUUCCUCCCUGAGGACCACAUCAUCUACAGCCACGGCACAGACUGUUCCCAUCGACAGCUUCCACGGCAUGACUUUCACCGAACAAAUCCAGCAGCACUCGCUUCCCCGCAGUCGCAGUAGACAGUCUAUCGUCUCGCCUUCCUCCACCACAAAAUCUAUCAAUCAGCAGCCACCGCCAUCGCCCUCCAAUGAUUUUGACUGGUCAAUGCUGAAACCUGGUCUCAAGUCAACAAAGGGAACCAAGAUUGUAAACGGCAUGGCAAACACCAAAGGAGGGUUAGACAAGAAAAAAUCUAAGAACGCUGGGGCUAUGCAAGGCCAGGUCCUUGAGUACGAGAUGACCCAGUUGGACAAACGCCUCGCCCUCAAUAAAUCGGCCGCUAAAGACUGCAAGGUGGUGAUCGGAGGCUCGGUGCAGCAAGAUCAGCUUUUUAUCCACAAACAAAGCUGCGCUGAAAAGAAACGCAAUGGCAUCAUGACCAACCCUAAUUACCACCUCCAGGGUCACCAGGUCUUCCUGGGACGGGUGUCGGUUCCUCGCACCGCCCAGAACCGAGGUCACCACCAAGACGUUCUUGAAAGCUACCCUGUCGGGGAAACGGAGCUAAGUCUUAAACAAGCCCUCAGACUGCAGAUUGAAGGAUCAGACCCCGGCUUCAACUACAAAAAGGAGACCCCUUUAUAGUUGUUGCUGUCAAAGAUGGCACAUUGCAGUGACCAACUUUUUGGUUGUUGCCAGACUGGAUCUAAUCAGACUUGCAUGAAGAAUGUUCUCCAUCUGGACCGUUUCCUCCUUGAGAAACACUCAAACUUUCCCUGAAUGCCGAUGUUCGCAAACGUGCCAAAGCAACUGCAUUGGCAACAUCUUAAAAAGUAGAAACAUUACUGUGGUGGGUGUGGGGGCUGUUGCCUAAAGGCUUUCUGUGAACUGAUACUCAAUGUGCCUACAUUCUGUUCCAGCCUUUUCCGUGCGAAUAUAUCAUUAUAAUUUAAUAUAAUGCUAUUUAAUUAAAAAAAGAAGUGUAUGCACUUUGAAAAGAGUCAAAUGACAGAUGUGCUUUUGUUUUAUUUACUCUGUAAGGCCACCCUUAUUUUAGCCGCAGUCUGUCACUAUUGUUUUAUCAUUGUUUGUUGGCCGUGUAGCGUAUGAACACCAGGAUGCGGUAUCGAUAGGCCACCUUUCUCCAAAUGUUUCUUUACGUUCUUGUUAAAAGUAGCCCUGGCAUUUUUUUUUUAUUGCACCUGUUUGUUCAGAGAGUAUAUUUAUUUUUUUUGGGAAGGGUGGGGGGCACCUUUUGUUGCUUUCCGCUCUACCAUGGUGCUGUUAUGUUCCAACAAGUUGCCUGCAGCUAUUUUUGGACUUUUGUUGUGUUCUAAGUGUUUAAUUACAAAAGGAUAACAAAGGUAUUUUUGUCCCCAUGGGAUUUUUCUUUUUUUUUUCUUUUUAGUUGUGUGUUUAUAUAUAGUAUAUAUAUAUUUUGUGAGUGCAUAAGAAUAUUUAAAUAUAUUCACGGUGUUAUCAUUCGCAUUGGUUUGGUGCUAAACUGAACGCAGUUCCGUUGUAAUACUGAUAAGUGGGUUGGGUGCGAGAGACACAAAAACUGAUAAUAAGGGGGUUCAGAAGUUACUCUUAAGAGCCAAAGUUGAGGGAAAAACAGUCUGUUGGUCAAAAUGGGACCUAAAAAAAUACUUAACAUGUGUUUAUCAUCAAGUCUGCAGUUCCUGGCUGUGACAUGUUUUUGCAUCAUGCUAUGCUAUUUUUCUCCAGGGACUACAAUCAUGGCAACCUAUCGCAUGUACAAACACUUGAAAUUACUCAGUUUGGGAGGGAAAAAAAUUGAUCAGUUCAACAGCUCAUUGUGUUUUUGUCAGACAUCUUAGUGUGAUCCAGACUGUAAAUAUCUCAUAAUGUUCUUUAACUUCUUGUAUUAUAUCAAGUGGAUUUCCCCUCCAUGUAUAUUAAAAAAAAAAAACGCUUAAUAAACAUAUUGGCUUUACUGCUGGGAAAAAAUACAUUUUGUCUUUUUUAUCCAGGACUUCAAGUAGACAUUACAACUCACAGGAAGGCAACAGAUGUUGAAUGUGAAGUCUCAUGCAUAAAUCAAACAGAGUGAUGAUAAAAGUAUUUAAGUGAUUGAAUUCCUACAAAUAAAACGCAACUUGUGCCUUAUUUCUAACACGCUUCAUCCAAAGACACGGAGUUGUUCGCCUAAGGAUGUAAUGUGUCCUUCACAUCGCACCAUUUUCUCGCUGAUGCUCCACUUGCUGAUUAAAGGGCGAGGUGAAUCAGCCCCCCGCCAUGCCGUCUCACAGCUGUGUGUGGGCAAGUACACACAUACACACACAAGGAUGCGUCAUGCGGCAUUUUUUCGUUCCACCUUGGCCACCCGCUAAGAGUGGAUUAAGCUCCAAUGCUGCAGAACUUUUUGCUGCAAGGUAGCAACAGAGGUGGCAGAAGUAGUCGCGCUAUACAUAAAUACACGUACAGAUAUGUGUGGAUCUGUAAACAAGACUACUAAAAAAUAUAUAAAUAUUAUAAUCAAAAUAUUUGACACAUUUACUUAAAAUAUAGUCAAGCGUGAUAUGCAUUUAAAAAAGUAAAAGGUAAAAAAUAUUAUUUUUACUAUGACUUAUUUACAAGACACACACAACAUAAUACAGUAUAUUGCAGAGACAAUCCAACAUUGUUUCAAUACAUCAAGGGUCUUGAAAAAGACAUGCUAAAAUAAUAAUACAAAUAUGAACAAUUUAAGAAGCCAAUGCAAUUUAUAGUCAGUUCAUUAGAAUUAUAGUAAUUAAAAUAGCAGAUUGAGUCUGUUAAGUAUUAUAUGAUGAAUUGUAAUAAAAUUUGAGAUACAGUGGGGCAAACCACUAAUUGUGCAAGUUCUCCCACUUGAAAAUAUUAGAGAGGCCUGUAAUUGU